GCGCCCGUCCUUGCCUUUCAAUCGAAAACACGACAGGUUUUGUGCUUUCUGGUGGUGUGCAGCUGUGGAGAAAAACUGGAACGAAAAAAUUGAUUUUCGCGUUAUUCAACCACUCUGGUGCGUGCUAUCUGUGGGCAAAGUGCAGCGGGACAGUGAAAACCAGCGCUCGGAAGAUAGGUCGUGCGAGCCCCAGCGCCCGUACUGCUGUAACGUGGAGCGUGGAAAAUUCGCCAAGGUUCUAGAACAAACCGCAUUGGCGUUUCGUCGCCUGGUCGCGCGGGGUUGCGGAAGAAAAGAAGGAGUGCGAGAGUGUGUGUGUGACAAAUAAAUAGCAAAGCAACCAGACAGGCCUGGUACACUGUAGGGAUCGUACGUACUUCGAGACAGCUAAUACGCCGCGUAAGUAAAAAAAAACGGACAUAGAAUGUCGUCACAGCAAGAGCAACCACAACAGCAGCAACCGACCGUGCGGCACAUUCCGAUUUUCGUCGAAGGUCGAUCGGAGCCGCUGAUCAAUAAAACGCCCGAAUCGCAACCGUCACAGCCGUCCCAGCAGCAGCAGCCCCAGCCGCAGCACCAUCAUCCGACGACUGGCAUGGGCGAGGGCGGCCCCAGCAUGGACAUGCCCAGCCGGAACGAUUUCUUCAAACACGGCACGAUCUUCGACUCGGUGCGCGACAUGCCAGUGCGAUCGAACUUUCCCGGCUUCCACCAGGGAUUCAAGCGGGAGCCAUCGCCCGGUGCUACGCGAACGUCGCCCUUCCCGGACAUGUGGUCCGAGCAGCCGAACCAUGUGCCUCGCGGAACGUCAAUUCCUAGACAAACGCCUUCACCAUCGACCGCGCAGCACCCGCCGCCGCCGCCGCAGCAGCAGCAGCAUCAGCCACAGCAACCAAAACCAAACACGCAGCAGCAAGUACCGCGGCAACAGCAGCCACCGGCGGCGCAACAGCAGCACGCGGAUGGGCAGCAGCACCCGGCGGCCGCUGCUGGACAGGAUCAACCGGACAGCCGCCCAAAGAUGUCCGCCAAGGAGGAUCCGAUUACGAAAAUACAGAAGAUACAGAAAGACGUGCUCGCCAUCUUCGACCAGGUGGAACAGUUCAAGGGCGGCAAGGAGGGGAAGAAGGACAAGGCGUACAUCUAUCUGGACGAGAUGCUGACGCAGAACCUGCUGAAGCUGGACUCGAUCGAUGCCGAGGAUCAGCCGCAGAUUAAGUCCGCCCGGAAGGAGGCCAUCAAGAGCAUAAACACCUGCAUCGCGGUGCUGGAGGCGAAGGCGGAAGCCGGUGCUAGCGGGAGCGCCAACGCCAGUUCCGGCUCGAUCGGGAAGGCGAACAGUAGCAGCAACGGUUUGAGCGCGAACGGUAUGGAGCAGUCCGGCUCGAACACGUCAAUUCCUCACUCGUCGUCCAACUCUAGUCAACAACAGCAGCAGCAGCGGGCCAAUGAGGUAUCGAGCCAGUAGUGUGUGUGUUAGCGCGCGUGUGUGUGUGUCUGUGAACAUGCAGAAAACGGUUGCCAUGGCGCCUCGGUCGACGACCAUCCUGUUUUGCCGAGCAUGAGAGCAUCCGUGUCGAUGACGACGCUUGGUUUGUCCUGUUCGCCAGCCUACUUUGUGUCAUAUUUAUAGCCCGUUGGUGGUUUCUUCCUGGCACCAACCGCUCUGCAUGAAGAACCGUCAUUUCAUUCGACCGUCCGGAUCUUCAACGAUCAUAUGUUUCAUCUGUUCAUCGUUACUCUCUCCUUCCUUUUUCAUCGCUAGUUUCAUAACCAAGUUUCAGUGAGGCUUCAACAGAGUGCUUCAGGUUGAUAGGUUCUGCAUGAUUUUGUAAUUUGCCUAAAUUAAGAUUGAUGGCACCACAAAAGAAGUAAUCGUUUUUUUGCAAGCCGCGACCCAUCUCGGGGUCGAUGCGUCCGAGACGACGGUUCUGGUGCUCUUGAAAAGAAACCAUUUCCGUUAUGCUUUAUAUACAUGUAUUAUCACACCAAGAGAGAGAGAGAGAGAGAAAGGAAAAGAAAGGGGAGGGUGCUUAGAGAAGCAAGAAUAGCAUGUAUUAAAAAAAACACAGAACAAUGCACUUCUUUAACGCUUACGGUAGGGUGGUGCACACAGUGUGUAGGAAUUUUGGUUAGCGCUGAACGUUAGCGAACUUACUACUACUACUACUACUACUACUGCUAAUAACAGCGAAUACACAUAAUGUGAACAUAGUUUGGAGAGACAUAUUUAUUUUUCUUAUUUUUAGUGAGUAAGUAAUUGGAGUAACAAACAAAAACAACACACAGAGAGGCAGGAUGGGAAAGAGAAAUGGCAAAGAAUUCUGAAAUGACAAGCACAGUAGAAGAAGGGAAUAAAAGAAGAGAAUUGUUACAUAUAGGGAAAGGAAAUCCGACAAAACGACAUCGAUAACAAUGAUAACGAAUAUUAACAAACCUGCAGAGUCGGCAGCUAUGGAAUAGGUGUAAGGCCCUGAAGUGUCCUCAGUAUCCACCACAGGCCGCGCCUGCAAAAAGUGAAUUAUGUAAGGCGGAAGUGAACUAUGCAAACGACACGUUCCGUCGAUUCUACAAUUUGGCAGCAAGGAAAUACCAGGACAGCGAGCAAACUCAAUUUAACAAUGCAUAACUUUUGAAUUAUAUAAUUUUAAUAAAGAAAAAAAGGCAGGAACUCACCAAUUUGUUUAUAUAGGACAAUAAACAUUCAACCAAUCCAAAUCUUCGUUGCUAGAACUAUGGGCGCCCCCUUUUCUGGAACUGAUGGUGCUGGGGGAAUGUAUUAGCGGGGGGUACGCGAGGGACUAAAACACACACCAACUCUACUACUCAACAUCUAAUAAUUACUUCGAUUACUGUUCUUCUGUUUUCGCUUUCACACGCUGUGGCGUCUUCGUGCUGCGAGGAUGUGAAAAUAAAGUUAAAGGUUACACUAAA